GAGAAUUUAGAUUGUGAUUUCUUUGACAUUUACUAAGCUAUCCGUAAAGAUUUUUUUUUCUUUUUUUUAAAUAUCUGUCUUAGAUUUUCUCAUUAAUGGACUAAUUUCGGAAUACUUAAAAAUUUAUUUUUUAAAUGGUGGAUUAUUUUGCUAUUUAUCAUAUUAUUUUGCUGAAGAUUCUGACACAAGUAUGAUAAGGUAAUAUGAAAAAGAAGAAAAGUGCUGCUUUCUAUAGGAGACAUGUUUGUUGAUUGGACAAUAGACACAUCAUCUGUCUUCGAAGCUUUGAAUUUAAAAAACCUUGCUACCUGGAUAUGUUCAAGUGCAAUGAUAUUUGGGGGUGUUGUACCCUACAUUCCACAAUAUCGAGAAAUCUGGAAAACAGAUAAUGCUGAUGGGUUUUCAUCAUAUGUUUGCUUAGUUUUACUAAUUGCCAAUACUUUAAGAAUUGUGUUUUGGUUUGGACAUCCUUAUGAAUUUCCUCUACUUUUUCAAAGUAUCACAAUGAUUAUUGCCAUGUUAGCAAUGAUGCAUUUAUGUAUCAAAGUAAGAAAUAAAACAGUGAUUGUUCCUGCUAAAUCUCGUCUCUUUGCAGCAAAUGAGGAUGAAGAUAAACAAACAGAGAUCAAACUUUUCUACUCUUCUUCAUCUACUCCUCGGUCUUACUGGGAUUUUGAUGCAAGAUAUUUUUGGGAAUGGACAGAUUUUUUAAGCUACUUAGAAUUUAUGGCUACCUUUACUGCCAUGAUGGGAAUACUGAUAUAUUUUUGUAUAGAAAUAUUUAUCAUAGUAGAAACUAUAGGAUUUCUUGCUGUUUUUAUUGAAGCUAUGCUAGGAGCACCUCAAUUUUACCGAAACCUUAGGAAAAAGUCAACUUUUGGUAUGAGCAAAAAAAUGGUUUUUCUCUGGACUUUUGGUGAUAUUUUCAAGACUGUGUACUUUGUUGUCCGAGAAGCUCCUGUUCAGUUUUGGAUGUGCGGUAUACUCCAAGUGUUUAUUGAUUUUUUAAUAUUACUUCAAGUACUUAUUUAUCGUGGCACUCCUAGUCCUGUCAAAUUACUCUUAAAAGGAGAGAGCCACACUAGCUAAUACUAUGAAAAGAGAUUUUUUAGGAACCAAAGAAUAAUAUUUUUCAUAUUUAAAAAAUGUAAAAUUAUUUUUAAAAAUAAUUCAUAUAAUUCUGUCAUCAUAAUUUUAUUUUCUUGUGAAAUAUACCAUUUACUAAUGAAUAAAUUAUAGAUAGAUACAUAUAUAUGUAUAUAUUAAAGUAGAAAAAAUAUUUUAAAUUAUCUCUGCAUAUUUUAAUGUGAUUUUCCUUUUAUAUUCCAUAUCAAAUAAAUAUUAGGCUCUUGUAACAGAAAAAAGUUAUAUACUUAUUAUGAUGUUAAGUGUGACUAUUUUUUCCCCCUUUUUACAUAUACUGCUAAGUAGGUUGUUUGAAAAAUUAGUUUUCAUGCUUUAGUCAUUUAGCAAAAACUUAAAAAGCUUAUAGGUUGUAUUUGUUAGAUAUGUUGCAACUUUUUUAACCUGUUAUAUAUUAAUUUUUAUGUGUGUAGUGUAUUACUUUAUUUAUUUGCUGAAUAUUUUUCUUUAUGAUGAAGAUUUUAUCAGAUUUCAUAUGAUUUGCAUUAUGUUAUGAAAACGCCACUAUUAUAUUUAAGAUAGGUCACAAUUAAUUUUUUUUCCACAAUUUUUGUUUAUAUGUUAUGUAUGAGUAAACUGUUCCUAAGAACUUUAUUUCAAAUUUAAGACAAAGUAGAAUUGAAUUAUUUGAUUUAAAAAAUAUGCUCUCUUUUAACUUUGAAAAAUAUAUUACAUUAAAAUGAUGUACUAAUAUCUAGUCAAAUCUCAUGCUGUAUAUUUAUUGUAGAAAUUAAUUUGCAAAAUAUAAAUUUUAAAUUCAUAUAAAAUUUUUUUCUAGAAUAAUAUACUGAUGAUACUGUGUUGUAAUUUACUUAAAUAUUUAUAUUUAUAUACUACUUUAAAAAUUCAGGAACAUAUAUGGUACUUUUGAAAUAAGCAAAAUAUAAAUAAGUUUUUCUAAGUUUAAAAAGUACAUAAUUUGUGAAGCAUUUAGGUCACAUAACUAAUUAAAUACUUUUAAAAACAAUGCAAUAAAAUUGUUUUCCAGUAUUGAUUAUUUUAUAUCCAAGCACCCAACAAUCAUUUUUCUAUGACUAUAUCAAAAUGUUCUCAUGUUAGGUAGCAGGGGUUUUGAAACUUUUUUAAUUAUAUACCACAUAAAUAAGGAUAAAAAAUAUAUUUAUUAUCAUGAAAGCAUUUUUCCAAUUAAAAAUCAAUGCAUUUUAAAUGGAAUUAGGGAAAAAUUGUAUCAUCAAAAAUAAUGUAAUGUAUCAUUGUUUGAGGAAUCUUGUUUUACAAAAUUCAGCAGAGGUAAUACACUAUUUUUAAGUAGUAUAGUCAAACAAGAUGGGCAUUUUUGAACAUUUUUUCAUAUAAUAUCAUGACAUACUUAAUUGUUAAAUGCUCAGUAUUAUCUGUAAGAAAUCUACAAUUUUGAUCCUGUAAUAAAAGAUUUGAAGUUGACUGUAAGUUCAUGUAAAGAGGUACUAUUACUUCUGCCUACCUGUGCAUGUGUAAAAAAAAUCAAAACUGCAAGCAUACUUUGCAGCUACAAUUGUACUACAUUUUUAUGUCUGUGAUCUCAAAAAAUAUCCCUUUUUAUAAAUAUGUAAUUUAAAUAUGAAGUAUUAAAGUUGAUUUUAAUAUA